UGUACCAGAGAUUGAAUUUAUGACCUCACACUUGCCAGGCAGGGGCUUACUCCAUUGAGCUAAAUCCCCAGCCCCUUCUUUUUGUUUUUUGAGACACUGUCUUGCUAUGCCUCAGCCUCCUGUGUUCUAGGCUCACAGUCAUGCAUCACCAUGCCCAGCAUGAUUUUUCUCCUACUGGCCUGUGGUCCACAGUUUUCUUGAGGAGCUUUCUUUCUUUUCUGUUUUUUGCUUUUGGGGGAGCUUUCUAUCUUCCAACUUUCCUAUCCAGACUUCUCCCUUACUAUGAAAGACAUUGUCUUUGGUGGGGCCGUGAGUGUACCUGGUAGGUCUAGAAGGUUGACCUUAGACCUAGUGCACACACUUCUCUUUCUCACUGUAUUUUUUUUGAAAUAGAGUCUUGCACUGUUGCCCAGGCUGGUCUUGAACUCCUAAGCACAAAUGAUUUUCAAGCUUUGGCCUCCAGAGUGCUGAGAUUAAGUCACGAACCACACCAUGCCUGGCGCGUUCUCACCAUUAACUUUUUGCUUUGGUAACUAGGCCUGUGGAAAGGGCCAGUGCAGUCAGUGCCUGACCUAGGGCUAUUGCUCUUUGGUUGGUAGGUGUCGCACAGAAGAGACCACUCUUGCCUACAGCUCCCUGAUAAUACUGCAUAAGUUGCACUUUGCUCCCCAUACUUCACCAGCUUUUCCUUUUGGUGUUGCUGUAUAGCCACUGGGACCAUUUUCUUCCUGUUCUCAUCCUCCCCACAGCUGUUGUAGCAUAGGGUGCUAAUAGCCCAGGCUCCCUGAGGCUAACAACCUGCCAUACAUGGCAUUCGGGUAUGUGAUGGGGGUUGCCUGUGUUGGAGGAUGAAGGAAUUCGAGUGACAGGAAGGAAAAUGUGCCGAGGUCUGGGAUCCCUCCCUUUCCACCCUCUGCUGCCUGUUUCCUCCCUCAUUCCUCCCUAGCCUCUCCUGGUUUCCUGCUGCGUGGUCUGCCCGUGUCCGGUUUGGAGUGAUCUAGACCUUCCCUUAUCUCCUUCCUUUCUUUCCCACUGUUCCAUCCUUCCCUUCCACCCCCACUUUCCUGCUCCCCAGAUUACUAGUUGUUUGUGUAGAGCAGGAGAAAGGGGCACAGCCGGCUGUACCCUGCUAGAGUUGAAGGUUUGGGCAGCGGUAGCAAGGGCGCAGCCCCUCUGAGCCUGUGAGUCAGCACUGUCCUUGGGAUUGGUCACUCUCUUGCGAUCCCCGCCCCUGGGGAGGAGCCAGGCAGCUCUGGGUCCAGCCUGUUCUCUUCCCAGCCAGAGAAGAGGCUCCACGCUGGGCGGGGAUGGGGCCCGAAACUGUCUGGGUCUGACCUGGGGGAGCGGAAUCCACUGGUCUUUCUCUUUCCCCAAGACCUCUGUGACUCCUGGGCUGCAGAGGUCCGGCUAGGCUAAGGGCCGGGGAUGCCCCCUGCCUGGCCCCCUUGCCAGAAUUGGCAGGGGGGCCGGGCUGGGCAGCUACCUCAGUCUCAUCCCAGUCAUGGAUCUCCUACCUCCAAAGCCCAAGUACAACCCACUUCGGAAUGAGUCUCUGUCUUCGUUGGAGGAGGGGGUUUCAGGGUCCACCCCACCGGAAGAGCUGCCUUCUCCAUCAGCCUCGUCCCUGGGACCCAUUCUGCCUCCUUUGCCUGGGGAUGACAGUCCCACCACCCUGUGCUCCUUCUUCCCCCGGAUGAGCAACCUGAAGCUAGCCAACCCAGCUGGGGGACGCCUGGGGCCUAAGGGGGAGCCAGGAAGGGCAGCCGAGGAUGGGGAGGGGAUCGCAGGGACAGCUGUGCUGGACUCAGGCCCCCUGCCCCUCCUCCAGGACAUGAACAAGCUGAGUGGAGGCGGCGGGCGCAGGACUCGGGUAGAAGGGGGCCAGCUGGGGGGCGAGGAGUGGACCCGACACGGGAGCUUUGUCAAUAAGCCCACGAAGGGCUGGCCACAUCCCAACGACAAAGUCAUGGGACCCGGGGUUUCCUACUUGGUUCGGUACAUGGGCUGCGUGGAAGUUCUGCAGUCAAUGCGUGCCCUUGACUUCAAUACCCGGACUCAGGUCACCAGAGAAGCCAUCAGUCUGGUGUGUGAGGCUGUCCCGGGUGCUAAGGGAGCGACUAGAAGAAGAAAGCCCUGCAGCCGCCCUCUUAGCUCUAUCCUGGGGAGGAGUAACCUGAAAUUUGCCGGAAUGCCUAUCACUCUCACUGUGUCUACCAGCAGCCUCAACCUCAUGGCCGCAGACUGCAAACAGAUCAUUGCCAACCACCACAUGCAGUCUAUCUCAUUUGCGUCCGGUGGGGAUCCGGACACAGCCGAGUAUGUUGCCUAUGUUGCCAAAGACCCUGUGAAUCAGAGAGCCUGUCACAUCCUGGAGUGUCCUGAAGGGCUUGCCCAGGAUGUCAUCAGCACCAUUGGCCAGGCCUUUGAGCUGCGCUUUAAACAAUACCUCAGGAACCCACCCAAGCUGGUCACCCCCCAUGACAGGAUGACUGGCUUUGAUGGCUCAGCUUGGGAUGAGGAGGAGGAAGAGCCACCUGACCAUCAGUACUAUAAUGACUUCCCAGGAAAGGAACCCCCUCUUGGGGGGGUGGUAGACAUGAGGCUUCGAGAAGGAGCCGUGUCAGGGGCUGUUCGACCCACUCUACCCAGUGCCCAGACCCCUAGCCAUCUAGGAGCUACACUGCCUGUAGGGCAGUCUGCUGCGGGAGACCCAGAAGUCCGCAAGCAGAUACCACCUCCACUACUCUGCCCAGGCAGAGAGCUCUUUGACGAUCCCUCCUAUGUCAACGUCCAGAACCUAGACAAGGCCCGGCAAGCAGGGGGUGGAGCUGAACCCCCCAGUGCUGCCAUCAAUGGCAGUGUGCCCCGGGACCUCUUUGACAUGAAGCCAUUUGAAGAUGCCCUUCGGGUGCCUCCACCUUCUCAGUUGAUGACCAUGGCUGAGCAGCUCCGAGGGGAGCCUUGGUUCCACGGGAAGCUGAGCCGACGGGAGGCUGAGGCACUGCUGCAGCUCAAUGGGGACUUCCUGGUGCGGGAGAGCACGACUACACCUGGCCAGUAUGUGCUCACUGGCUUGCAGAGUGGGCAGCCCAAGCACCUACUUCUGGUGGACCCUGAGGGUGUGGUUCGGACAAAGGAUCACCGCUUUGAGAGUGUCAGUCACCUCAUUAGCUACCACAUGGACAAUCACUUGCCCAUCAUCUCUGCGGGCAGCGAACUAUGUCUACAACAACCUGUGGAGCGAAAACUUUGAUACAUCCCAGCGUGUCUCCAGAUGACCUCUGGCCUCUUCCACCCUCUUCCUUAACUCUCGAGACCUCACUUGGGAGUAUUCUGGGGGGUUGGCCUUGGGUAGGAGCUGGGAGUAGUGUGGACACUGGGUUCACUAUUCUGAAUGAGGAUUUGAAGUUAGGAGCCUGGGGUAGAAACCUGCUUCUCCCCAAAUCUCACCAAAGUAUUAAUGUACAGAGUGGCCUCCUUGUCUGGGCCUUUCCUGUGCCAACCUGAUGCCCCCUUCCCCAAGAGGGGGUGCCUGUAAUGGAAAAUGUCCCAUGAUGACAGGCCCAGUGGAGCAGGUACCCUUCAGGAGGAGGGGGAAUGAAUUCUAUUUCUGGUCUAUUCCUGGGCUUCAGGGUACCCCAGACCCCUGUCAGCACACAUCCCUCUCCUCAGUGUUUAAACUUUGUGCCUUUGACCAUCUCCUAGGUCUGAAGAGUUUUCAGGCCCCUGAGUUCAACAGGGGUGCUGAUGUCUUCCUGAUUUGUGGGACCCUGUCCUCUUUGCUCAGCACCCGCUCUGAUAUGGGUUGGGAAAAGAGAGGCAGGAGUGAUAGCUAUCCUCUAUCCAUGGGGAUAUGCUACCCUCAGUGGUGGCCCCAGAGCUCCCCUCCUGGCCGGGGUGGGGGGCUGGGGAAGGAGAUGGAUGCCCCUUGCUCAGUGCCUCCUGGCCAUGCCCCCGCCCCCCAUCUGUAUAUACAUUUGUACGCCUGGCCCCUCUUGUGAUGCAUGCAUGUUGUACCCUAGCCAAAGUGCAGCCUUUCUUCUUGUCACUGGCCCUGCCUCUUCUGGGACAGUGGGGUGACUGAAUUUCUGUCUCCCCAUACGGUUAACUCCUAGGUGGGCUUUGUGGAGGUGGGAUCAGGGACACUGAAACUUAAAGCAGUAGACAAUCCCCAAAUGCCACCUGUAGAUUUGGAACUGCAUUCAUUUUUUAUAUGCAUAUAUUUUAGGGCUGUGAAUUUACUGUCCUAAUUUUGUUUUCUGUGGCUUUUGAGCACAAAUGAUGAUAAUCGAUUACAUUUAUACAUCACCUAUGACUUUUCUGAGCCCUUUUGCAACUAUUGGCAUUUCCUCACCACCGGCAGCGUUAUCCUUUCUACAGGAGAGACCUAAGGCAGGUAUUGAUUUUGCCCAAGGACUGGAAACUUGGGCCUCUUAGGGUAAGGCUGGGAGCUCAAAGUCUGGCUGGAGAGUAUUACAUUGUGGGGAAGUGGGAGUUUAAGCCCCACGGGUGUGGAGGUUUAGCUAGGAUCGCCUGGAUAGCCUCCCUUUGCUGGGCUUCAGGCCUGUAGAGAAGGAUAAGGGAGGAAUGGGAUGUUUCCAUUCUGGCCACCUAUUUUGUUUGGUUGUGUUCACGGGUCUCACUUAUACCAAAGGGAAAUAGUCUUCAUUAAAGUCCGUAUUUCUUCUA